AAGAUUUUUCAGGACGCACGGUGCGAAGAACCGUUUUGGGUUUUCGUUUUUGUGCGAGUAUUUGGCGCUAUUUUCGUUGUUCAUAGCGAUAAAUCGUCGAUCGUCGGAUGCCCCUUGCGGAUAUCGGUGAAAAGUGUGUGAAAUAAGCUAAAGAACCGGUAUUGUGAGUCGAUUUAGCAGAAGUGAUGCGUCGCAAAGCGAGUGCCGCGGUGAGCACACCGGAAAAGGCAACCCCACGCCGGUCGACGAGGGGCCGGGGACGCCGAUCACCGUCAAAGAGCCCCGAACCGGAGCCCGAUAACGAUGCGCCGGAAUACGGUGGGAGCGCGGCCCAGGAGGACAAGAACAACAGCAGCUCCGAGGAUGAGAGCACCAGCUCCCGUAAAGCAUCCACCGGAAAGGGUCGUGGCCGUGGUAGCUCAACUCCACGACGUAAGCUCGACGAGCGUCCACCGUCACGUGCACGGCGCAACAGCCGGCGUGACAAGGAAAUGCAAGAGCAAGUGGCUGGAGAGCAAACCGACGAAAAUGGUGGCGACACUCAGGAAUCGGAAAAGCCACAGACAGCAGAAGUAAGUGUCGUUGAAACCCUUGCCGAAACGCAGGUCGACAUGACUCCCAUGGAGUCGAUACCGGAGGAGCCGCCGCAGGAAGAGCAAGGGCAGCAGAAAAAAGACGAUGGCGACACCGAAGAACAAACUCUACAGCCCGAGGCUGUUACCGAGGCGCCAGAAAAACAAGAACAAAGCAGCAAGAUAUCUGAGCCCGAGCCUGACCCCGAGCCCGAGGCGGAAACACCGGUAGCCGAAGAAAAGGUAAGUCAUACAAAUGGAGAUGAGGAAGAGAGUGAAGAAGACGACAGCAACCAGGCAGUUUCUCGGGACGCAGAUGAUGAUAGCAAAGAGAUCGUUAACAAUCGUUCUCGAACAAGGGAUGAUAAUGGGUCCGAAGAAAGUGGCCAAGAAGAUGAAGGCAAAAAGCGCCGAGGUGGGAACGAGGACAUUGAAGAAGCGGAGCAAAUCAUGGCGCCUGCCGAAGAAUCGCCCAAUGUUGCUGCUAACCCAGUUCCAUCUGAUCGGAAACCGGAGCCAUCAGCGUCAAAUGAGGAAGAGCAAAAGCAAGCACCCGAAAGGGAGGCAGCGACCUUCGCGGAAUCAUUAGAGGAACCACCAAAGAGCACUCAACAACCGCAGCCUGCGCCACGCCGUCGCGCAAGAUUCAGUUCUCGUCCAAACGAUGAACCAGUGGUUCCGACAUCGGAACCGGCACCGGCGGUUGCGGUUGCUGCCGAGGAACCGACGAAGAAGCUGACUCGUGCGGAGCAGCACGACGAGGAUCUAGAGGCAGGCGAAAUUAAGGAAACAGACACCAGUAUGAGAACAGAGGCACAACCUGACGAAGCGAAUGCACAGGAAGCCGUUGCAAAGGAAUCACUGCGGCCCCGACCUCAACAGCGCAAGCGCCGUUGGUUGUCAUCUAAAAAUGCCGAUUCCAAGCCUGCGGUCAUUGCUAUCUCGACGGAUUCGCUAAAGAACAUAAUCUCUGACGUAAAGCCCGUUCCGCUGGCCGACGUGAAGCUAGGCUCAUCUUCGGAAACGGAAGGAGCCGAUGGCGCUGCGGGCAGUACGGAAGAAGAUGAUCGCGACAAGGAUUCAGCGAAACAGCGUAAAUCACAGCGCGAUCCGCACGAUGCCUCCCAGGCACAGCCAUCGCGCCAACGCGUUUCAUCGUCUACCGAAAAGGAAAACAUCGCCAUGGAAACGGAUGGCCCGAACGGUAACGAACAGCAGCAACAGCCCCUGCAGCAGCAGCAGCCCUUGGCCCAGAAACCGAAACCAGUAGGUGAAAAGAUUGCGAUCGCUCGGAAGAUUAGUAUCGUUAGUGAUGAUGGAAGCGUGCCUGGAGCGACGGUUGCUCCGAUCACUGUGCGACCUCCAAGCCCCGCUAAACACCAUGCUAGUAGCAUCCUAUACAUUACGAACCUAGUGCGUCCGUUCACAGUACUGCAGCUGAAAGGACUAUUGGCACGUACUGGUAAGAUCGUUGAGAAUGGCUUCUGGAUUGAUAAGAUCAAAUCGAAAUGCUACGUCAAAUAUGAAACAGAAGACGAGGCAACAGAGACACGACAUGCAUUGCAUGGAAUACGGUGGCCGGUGUCGAACCCGAAAUGUCUGGUAGUAGACUUCGGUAGUGAGGAAGCGAUGGAAAAAGCUAUCCUAUCCACGCUAGAAGAUGGCUCUAUUCGGGCCACCGUGGAGGGAGUUAAGAACAGCAAGGAAUUCGGUUGGUCUCGCGACUCGUCGAAGAAAGAUGAGGAAACGCCCGCGCGCCCGGUACGCGAGUGGGAUCUAGGGAAGAAGGAUGCCUUCGAUCAGGACCGGGAUGGUCGAACGGGUCGUGAACGUGAGGGUGGAAUAUUGAGCGAUGAGCGGCACCGGGAGAAGGUUGCUGGAGAGCGCGAACGAGGCCGGAUCGACGAUGGGCAGCAGCGGGAUGGGCGAGCUAGCCGACUGGAUCCUAUCGCUGGUGAGCGUGGUGCGGAUCGCAAACGAUCAGCAGAUCGUGAAUUUGGACGCGAUAGAAGACGCAGCACCAGCGUAUCACCGGCGAGGAAGUUCAAGAAGAAGGAAAACGAACCACCUAUUAGGUUGCUGGAUGAUUUGUUCCGCAAGACAAAGGCAACACCAUGCAUCUACUGGUUACCACUCACAACAGAGCAGAUUGCCGUCAAAGAGGAACAGCGCCGUAAGAAUAUGGCGGAGCAUCAACGGCGAGUGGAGGAGCAGCGCAAGGCGGAGGAGGAGCGUGAACGUGAGCGCAAGCGGGAACGUGAACGGCGUGAUCGGGAACGUGAUCGCGAGCGGGACCGUGAUCGUGAGCGGGACCGCGACCGGGAUCGCGACCGCCGUCGAUCGCGUUCCCGCGAACGCAGCCGCGAUGAUGGUGGACGUCGCAGGCACAGAUAAGCUCACUCUUAUAACAUUACACAGCCGAAUUUUUCAAUUUUUUCCUUUUUGAGUCUCGGGUAUUGGGAGGGUUGAUUGGAGGAGCGACGGGGAUCUACAUUUAGUGCUAAUUUGGAAUGGUAUUGUCCGUUACCUACGUCUUAUGCUUAUGAAUAGCAGAACUGGAAAACGUGAAGGGAAUUUCAAAUGAAAUGAUUGAUUGGCGAAUUCGGCAUGCUGUUUCCUUGUAGCUUCACAAGACGAUGCCGAUUUCGGAUGGAAUAAUUUAAGUGACCUGACCUGUAUUGCGAAAUAUAAUUGACCACGAAGAAUGGGCACCUGGCACCUAACUGCUACACCAUUCAACUUGGCACGAUCUUACACGAUUUUGGGUCCAGUUCCAGGGCGAAAGCUACAUGAAUUUGCCCUAAAAGGUGGUGCACCACUCUGUGCUGAAUUUGUCAUUUUGUAUAACCGAAUUCUCCUCUGAUCUCCCUCCCUCUCUCCCUAUACUGAGGCUUGCCUAGAACAGUUUAAGAAUAUCCCCUAGAGAUUACAUUAGAGCUGGUAAAGCUUUUUCCCCAUUCAUCGGGGAGCGGCAGACAUCCAUUAUGAUUCUGCAUCUUCCGGAUGAGUGUUCGCGCGUGUGUGUGUCUGGAUUGGUAGAGAAAAGCGCAAGAAGCGCGAGCACCAGUCCAAUGAGAAAACGAAGAAAAAUACUAUCCGAGAGUGGAUAAUAACGUCCGGCGGCAUCGCGGUGAAUGAAUCACCCGGUGCCGCAGGUUGUAGUCGUUUAAGUAUAGGCAAGAGUAAUGAUCAACCGCUCAAAGCCUCCCAGAAUAUUCUAGAGAAAAGAAGACGACAGAUAGCUUCUACUGUAUCGCGCCGAUACCUUCGCCACUUCGACAUUGGUCCCAUUCGUAACACAUCAAACCGAUAUCAAGGUGCAACAACGCGCAGCAUUGGCAACGGCGGCAGCACCCCAACAACAUCAGCAGCGGCAACACAGAAUCCAUGAUGCACUGUGAAGGAAGAUACGGCUCAAGAGAGGGAACCGGCUACCAAACCCUGUUAAAGAUUCAGCAGAAUGGUUUAUGGUCUCGCUGGUCGUUUAAGCUUCUUGAAGGAUGGUCUUUUCUUUCGAGUAAUAAUUUCCCAGGAUAUUGUUCAUCUCGAACAGGACGCAGGAGGAUUAUCGAUCUUUGGGAUCUUUAAAGCAAACCCUGCUAUCGAUCGCGUGAAGCACCUGCGUGUGUGUGAGUGUGUGACCAUAAUUAGAAUCGUGUUUGGUGAAAUAAAACUCAUCGAUUGAAUAACAACUAAAAUGUAAAACAAUACACCAACAUUGGACAU